AAAUAAAUAAAAUAAGAGAGAGAGAGAGAGAGAACAGAGACCCACCAAGAAUCAAAGCUUUGUUAUUUCGCCUUCUUCGCAUUCAACAUCGCCGCUGAUCCCAUCGUCGUAAUCCAGUCACCGCUCUGCCUGGUCGCCGUGAUUCAAAUUCUGUCUGCCGUAGUUCAAGAAGGUUUGAUUUCUGUUCAAUGUCGGGUCAAAGCCAACGCCUGAAUGUGGUUCCAACCGUUACAAUGCUAGGAGUUAUGAAAGCUCGCCUUGUCGGUGCCACAAGAGGCCACGCCCUUCUGAAGAAAAAGAGCGACGCUCUCACAGUCCAAUUCCGCGCAAUGCUAAAAAAGAUCGUGUCAACAAAAGAAUCAAUGGGAGACAUCAUGAAAACAUCAGCAUUCUCACUAACCGAGGCCAAAUAUGUGGCUGGCGAAAACGUAAAGCACGUGGUCCUCGAGAACGUUCAGAAUGCGUCGAUCAAAGUCAGAUCCCGCCAAGAGAACAUCGCGGGAGUGAAGCUUCCGAAGUUCGAUCAUUUCAUCGAUGGAGAGACGAAGAACGAGCUGACCGGAUUGGCUAGGGGUGGCCAGCAGGUGCAAGCCUGUCGGGCAGCUUAUGUGAAAGCCAUUGAGGUUUUAGUAGAGCUUGCAUCUCUUCAAACGUCGUUUCUGACUCUAGAUGAGGCGAUUAAGACGACCAACCGGAGGGUUAAUGCGUUGGAGAAUGUGGUGAAACCAAGGCUGGAGAACACGAUUACUUAUAUUAAGGGAGAGUUGGAUGAAUUGGAAAGGGAGGAUUUCUUUAGGUUGAAGAAGAUUCAAGGAUACAAGAAGAGAGAAAUCGAGAGACAGAUGAUAGAAAAUUCCAGGACUCAUGCACAGGAAGUGUCUAUGACGAUGAAGGGCUUUUCUGUCAAUUCAGCCAUCACCAUGUUAACCACAGGCAUGCAGAAAGACGAUGACAUUAUAUUUUAGAAGAUAUCGGGAUUUGCUGGUUUACUUACAAUAAUAAUAAUGGUGUUUUGAUGACAAUAACUUAUGUUAUUUGUUGCAACUUUCUGACAGGUUCGAUGGCCAACAAGGUUAAUAUGACCCUACAUUUAUCUCGGUCUCAAAUCAUGCAUUUUUGAUCGAUCUGGAUUCGUUAAUAUUGAUUGAUUGUUAUGUUUGUGAAUUAUCUUUUGACCAAACAACAAUUGUGUGGUUAAAACAACAAUUGUGUUACUCUUCUGAAAAGUUCAUCUUAUAUUAUUAUAUGCAAUGCACUUGUUUUUUUGUUGUUA